UUUUCAACUCAUUUUCCCUUAACCCAGUACAAACUUUCUGGGCAUGAAAAUGGCUGCUCAUACUCUCUCAACGCCAGCAACUACUCCACCUGGAAUUUCCCCACAGAAUUGGAAGCACACCAACCACUUUUUUACAGCCCAAAACAUGUUAAAACACAGAGUCCCACACUACAGAGUCCAUGGCUGGGCUGUACAAGCAGAAUAUCGGUCCAUUCCUCUAAUCUCAGACCCUUUAUCCAAAGACAUCGACCCAUUAAAGCCACUGUCAUUUGUAGCCUGCCCACUUCGAAUCCUGAGAGGGUUGCUUCAGCUGAGAAAGUUCCCAAAUGGUCAGCGAAGGCAAUAAAGUCAUUUGCAAUGUCUGAAUUGGAAGCUAGGAAGCUCAAGUAUCCAACUACUGGGACUGCAGCUCUUCUUAUGGGAAUCUUAAUUGAGGGAACAAAUUUUGCUUCAAAAUUUUUGCGGGCAAAUGGAAUUACACUUUCGAAAGUUCGUGAAGAAACUGUAAAGCUACUUGGAAAGGCAGAUAUGUAUUUUUUCAGUCCUGAGCAUCCUCCUUUGACUGAAGAUGCUCAAAGAGCCCUUGAUUGGGCUGUCGAUGAAAAGCUCAAAUCUGGUGACGAUCGGGAAGUUACAACUGCUCACUUGCUACUUGGAGUGUGGUCACAAGACGAAUCACCAGGGCACAAGAUAUUGGCUGCCUUUGGCUUUAAUGAUGAGAAAGCUCAAGAGCUGAAAUCUGUAAUUUCUGAACCUGGAUUUAUAGACGAUUAAUAGCUUUUGGAUUUAAUUGUUGCAAUUGAUAUCAUUUUUAGGCCUGAAAACUACAUGAAUGAAUUAUUUCAUGCGAUUAUCAAAGAAAUGGUUACGCAUUUUUAGAGGGCAAGUUGAUUCCAGUA